GACUCGUGGAUAUGGGACGCUUGUGCAUCGCCGCGACGCAGUUUGUCGCGACGAAUCUCCACUGCAUCGCGACACUCGUGGUCGCCGUGCGCCCGUCAACGCCCCUCACCGAGGUGUUGACGACGCUGGCGUUGAUCGGUUUCGGCCUCGAGCUUUCUCUUCUCGCGUCGGGGCGUAGCUGCUUGUACCCGGGCUUGAGCCUCCUGUGCGCAGUCGCCCAUGCUAUAGGGUCGAUCGCCAUGUUCUUUUACAUCCGCGAUGGCUGGGCCGACGCCACGCUGCCGCUCAUUGUUGUGCCGUUCAGUGUGUGUCCGAGCCUACUGGGCACUGCGAUCCUGCUGCGCCACUUCGGACGCGAAUUGGGCGACUCUGCACAAAAAGCGCGUGCUGCGUUCGCGGCGUGUCUCCAGCGCCAACUUCGUUUCUAUUAGCCCGCGCUUCUCUCGCUUGGGAUGGCGUUGAUGCAAAUCGAGUCGGCGAAAUGUGUAUUGUGGAAUCGGUUGACGUGGCGGCCCGCAUAUCUCGAAACAGUAUUUUAUGCGUUUCACACUAUUCCGUUACGCAUUUUUGUCCGGGACAAAAACGCCGUAAUAAUAUUAAAAUGCUGAAAAGAGUCC